AUGGCGGAGGUCCAGCCUGCCGCCGUCGCCUGGCCGGCCACCAGCACCACCAUGGUGCCAGGACGCAGCCAGACGCCGCCACGCUGCCGCCGAGGACUCAGCCGAACAGGACCGAGCGAGCCUGGCGCCGCAGUCCCCAGCAGCAGGGUCAUCACCCCAGAGCGGGGGUCUAGCCCCUCAUCUCCGUCGCCGUCGAGCCGCCGGCCGCCGGGAUCCCGCUGCUCCGCGCUGCCGGAUCCGGACGAGGAGGAGCGCCGCCAUCGUCAACCAGGGGUCACCGUCCGGGGGGGAGACGCCCCGCCGCCGCUGUCCCUAACUGGGCUUUUCCCAGCGGAGCCUCCCGGCGGCGGCGAGGAGGGAGGAGGCGCUCGGGCCUGGGGGCGCUGA